AUGGCUCGCAUACAGAUCCCGCUUGACGCCCUGACGUCGCGCCUGAACAUUCAGGACCGCUUCUCGGGCUUUCGUAAUACGUCGCUGUCCAACCGGUUCUCCAACUUGCGCCCCGUCGGCGAGUUCCUCGACUUCAAGCGCGUCUCCAAACCCGUCAACUUCUCCGAGAUGCAAUCUCGUGUCAACUACAACCUUGGCCAGUUCUCGAGCAACUACUUGCUCGUCUUCUUCGUGUUGAGCUUCUACGCGCUCAUCACCACCCCAUUGCUGCUCUUUGACAUCGCGCUGCUCGUCACCGGCCUGUGGAUUUUGGGCAGAUUGGGCGGAGAAGACCUCGUUAUCGGAACCUUCCACGCCACGUCGUCUCAGCUCUACACCGGCCUCUUCGUGGUUACCGGUAUUCUCUUUCUUAUUGCACCGACUUUCAGCACUGUCCUGUGGCUGCUCGGUGCGAGCGGCGUCGUCAUUAUCGGCCACGCUGCUCUGAUGGACAAGCCAAUUGAUGAGGCUUUUUCUGGGGAGGCGGUCUAG